AUGCAGCGAAGCAGUCCGUUCUCUUCUGUGACUGGGACGGUCACAAGGGUGUCAUCGGUAGUGGGAGGAGACGCAAGCCUACCUUGCGAUUCGCGCCCUCCACAACUUAAUGACAGCCUGCUCCUUGUGGUGUGGUACAGGGACGACAACCCUGUAUACAGUUAUGACACGAGAUUCUCAGGGUCCAAGGGUCACUGGUCAGAUGACACAUUCGGAGAUCGAGCAAGGUGGAUCGCCUUCCCAAGUUCCGGUCUCCUUGUCCGGGAUGUCAAGCCUCAGGAUAGAUCCAUAUACAGAUGUCGAGUCGACUUCCAAGUAUCGCCGACAAGAAAUUAUAGAAUAGCUCUCGAUAUUAUUGAGCUACCCUCAAAACCGGUGAUCUUUGACGAGUUCGGUAAAGAAAUAACCGGAACUGCCGGCCCUUUCAACGAAGGGGGCGACUUUAAGCUUAUUUGUUCCGUGAAUGGGGGCAAUCCUACGCCAAGAGUGCAGUGGUUGCAUGGUGAAACUGUAGUUUCUUCACUGAGCGCGGGUGAGAUGCCAGUGGGUAACACCAGGUCAUUGACCCUCUUGGUUAGAAACGCAACCCGUGCACACGUGUCCUCUGUUUAUACCUGCACAGCGGAUAAUACACUGCUAUCUCCUCCCCAAGAGGCCUCCGUGCGUGUAGAUCUGUAUUUGCGGCCAGUGUCAGUCGAAAUCUUAUCGAGGGAGCAACCAUUGUCAGCGGGCAGACAAGACGAGCUUUGGUGCAAGUCAACCGGUGCAAUACCCCCAGCAGUUGUCACUUGGUGGCUAGGUGGCAAAAAACUUGAAUCUAUAACCAAACAACAGGACUUAGAAGCAAGGAACGAAACUCAGUCUCUGUUGAAAUGGACACCAUCAAAGGAACAAAACGGAAAAAUACUCACAUGUAAAGCAGAAAAUUCCAAAUUCAAUAGUUCAACGAUUGAGAGCAAAUUGCUACUUAAUAUUUAUUAUGUGCCGACUGCUACAAUACAUCUUGGUGCGAAAAUGAACCCGAACGAUAUUGAAGAAGGAGACGAUGUGUACUUCGGAUGUGAAGUUGAUGCCAAUCCGCCUGCUUAUAAAGUUGUGUGGGAACAUGACAGUAUUCUGCUUCAACACAAUCCUGCCAACGGAGUGAUUGUAACUGGCAAUACGAACCUCGCACUACGUAAUGUAUCACGACAACAAGCCGGUAACUAUACUUGUACUGCGUCGAACGUCGAAGGAGACGGGAAGUCGCCUUCCGUGCGAAUGCAAGUCAUUUAUAGACCCAUAUGUCGAUCGAAAGAUAUGAAAAUAAUAGGUGCAGCCUUACAAGAACCAACGAAGGUUGAAUGCGAGGUAGAUGCUUUCCCUCCCCCAAACACGUUUGAGUGGACACUAAAUAAUUCUGCAGGCUCUAUAACGAUUGACCCUGAUCGUUUCAACGUUAAUGGCCAAGCUGGAAUAUUAACGUUCGUCCCUGUAUCUGACAAGGAUUACGGAAAGUUGUCGUGUCGUGCAACAAACCUUGCCGGGCAACAAAUGUUCCCAUGCGUGUACACUAUACUGCCUACAACUAGACCUGACCCACCCUCUAACUGUUCGGUAUAUAAUCUAACUGAUGAUUCGCUGGAUUUAACUUGCAUUGCGGGGUAUGAAGGUGGCCUCCAAUGUACCUACGUAGCAGAAGUCUGGGCAAAUGAAGGAUUAGUAACAAAUUCAACAAAUGUUGCUACAGUUUGGAAUCUUAGAAGAAUUGGCGCUAACAGACAUUUAAAUAUUGUGGUAUAUGCUACAAACACAAGGGGGAGGUCAGAACAUGUCACAUUAACAGUAGAAACUGCCCCCCAAGUGUUCCCUAGAACAGAAGCGCAAGAGGCAUGGGAAGUCAACUGGGCUGUCGGUGGUGUUCUUGGAGGUGCUAUUACAGUCGCAGUCAUACUAUGUCUUGCACUUAUUGCUUCAAGAUUACGACACAAUGCUAAAUACUGCGGAGGUUUGAAUUAA